GGUCAGCCCUGGCGGGGCUGUGGGACUCGGGGCUCUAAAGUCGGGGCUCGAGCCUGGCGGUCGGGAUGUUUUCCUCUGAGGCCGGACCCCGGCCGUGGACUAGGGGACCCAGCCCCUCAGAACACAGGAAGUGGGUGGAAGUAUUUAAAGCAUGCGAUGAAGAUAACAAAGGCUAUUUGAGCAGAGAGGACUUUAAAGUUGCUGUUGUAAUGCUGUUUGGGUACAAGCCCUCCAAGAUAGAAGCCAAUUCUGCGAUGACCUCAAUAAAUCCAAAUGCUUCUGGUAUCUUACUGGAGGAGUUCUUAAACAUUGUAAGGAAAAAGAAGGAAGCACAGCUAUUUUGGAAUGAAACAAGACACAUCUUCUCAGCAUUUGACAGGCACUAUCGAGGAUAUUUAACUUUGGAGGAUUUCCAAAAAGCGUUUGGGCUGGUGGCUCCCAGGUUACCAGAAAGGAGUGUUCUGGAUGUAUUCAGGGAAGUAGAUCAAGACUCAGAUGGUCUUGUUAGCUUCCGAGACUUCGAAAUUGCCAUCAACUAUGGACAAAAGGAAAUGGAACUACUGUGAACUCCUUGGCACCUUCUGGGGUGACCAGUAGAUGGGGACGUACUUGCAUGUUGAUUAAACUCUGCUCAUAGUGGGGGGCUACACACUUAUGAUUAAACUCUUCAGCUGGGCUUUUCUCAUGCUGAUAGUUCCUUGCAGUUCAGGAUGCUAGAGGUGGUCUUUACCACUGGUCUUCCAGGGAUGCUGGGGGCACGGGUCAGGCUGCUGCUGCUGCUGGCACUGCCAGGCGGGCAGCCCCCACUCUCCUCUACGCUCUCCCCACCCCUGGCACACUGCAGCUGGGUGCUCCACUCAUUUGCCAGUUCUCCACCCGACCCUCAGGCUCCCUGUUUCUCAUCAGUCUCUGACGUCUGGACAAGAGUAACUUUUUCCUGCCACUGGUACCGGUUUCCUUCAUCAAUUCAACUUCUGAACAAAUCAGAGCACCUAGGUUACUACGUGCAUCCCGUAUACCAGCGAUGAGUCAGGCAGUGGGAUAGCCAAGACUGCAGACUUCUAAAAUCAUGCAGGGCCUGCCCUGGUGGCGCAGGCGGUUGAGCACUGCACUGUGAGGCUGUCCACAGCCUCUGCAGCGCUGGUUCGAUCCUGGCCGGCGAGGGUCCCACAUGGUGCGGCAGACCUCUCCUGUCGCGUCUGCUGCUCCCCUUAGCAGUGUGUUUCAUCAGUCUGCCUGUUCUGUUCCCUGCUCUGUCUCUGGUGAAUCCUCUCACCCUCCCGCGCAUCUGGCCUGUACCCUGGUUCUUGUAUGCAUAAAUAAAUAAAUCUUUAAAAAUAAAUUUAAAAAUAAAUAAAUACAUUAAAAUCAUGUAUCCAGAAUUGAAAUCAUCCUUGCAAAGUCAUCCCAGUACCCUGGUUGUGCAAGACAAAGAAAGCCGAUUGGGCCAAUCUUCACCAUGGAGCACAGUAACAGUAUCAGGGACAAAGACUUACUUCUGCAACCCUCUCGGAUGGCCUGGGCUGACAUUCCUGUGGCUGAGCUGCCAGCCCUGGGUUGCCCAGCUGCCUCUGCUCACCCUCCCUGCAUCUGGGUAGUUCCUCUCUACACCAAGAGCCUUAGACACCUUGUCUUCACAUUCUCCAUGUUCUGCCCAUCCACCAUGGGGUCAGGGGACUGCUGUCCUAGAUGGAAGAAAAACUGUGACACAGGACAUUUGGCAUUUAUU